CGACUUUCUGUCUCCACGGUCACCAAUAUCGGCCACAAAGGGGACCUGCCAGCGCAUCUAAGCAACCUGGAGAGAGAGAGGAGAAAACGGCUCGUCAUCACAGAAGAAAAGAGGACAAAAAGCUGAGAUUCCUCCCUUGCCCGCCCUGUGCAUCCGACUGACACGUUACCCAGUAACAACCGAUUCUAGGCAGCGGAAAUCGGGCUGGGAAAUUGACUGUGUUGUGCAGUGCGCUGCCAGCCAGCUGCGCAGGACCCAGCAUCGCCAAUCCUGUCAGGGACACACAAAAUCCAAGGGGCUGGGCUCGACGGCAGCAAUCCGGGGAGGUUGGGAAGCAACGAAACUGACCGAAACAGCAAUUAACCACCACUUUACAAUUGGCUAGCCAGUCGAACCACCUUCUUGGUCCUGUCCUUGGUUUUGUCCUUGGUUUUUUCUCACUUCUUCUCCCUGCUUUCCACCAUUUUCCUGGUCGCAUUCCAACCACAAUUCCACCGCUCAACCCCCAUCAAUCCACCAUAUUAGAGCGCCACUAUUACCGCCUUCCACUCUGGGCAGCUGCAUACCCUAGCCCAUCCCCCGCUCUCAUCUCCCCUGGCCAUCACACUUCAUCUUGCAUUCCGCGCUCCGCAGGCCAACCUAGCCCUCGCACCACUUCGCUGCGGGUGAGACAAGCCACGACUUCUUCUUUUUCUCCCGCCGUUUUUUUUUCUUUCCUGGCCAACGGUUCGGGUCCAAGUUUCGCAUCGCUGUUGGAAGCCUGUGUCAAAGGAGGCAGAGAGCUCCAGGAUCACAGCUCCAAUUUACCUGGACCCGCCGAUCGAAUCGAUUGUUUUGGCGAUUUUUUUUUUCUGGUUGCCGCUCACCGCCCGAGGCUCAUCUCAGCCACCCCGAGGCACCCCGAGGCGUGCAGCCCAGCACAAAAACAUCGAAAUACGGUCGAGGUUCGCCCGCCAAGUGUCUGGCGACUUGAGGCAGGAGAGGGAAGCGCACCGACGGUUGUGCGGCUCGGCAGCCUGCAUUCCAGUGCGCAUCGCGUCGUUCAUUCCUCGCGCCACAGCUCGUCCCUCCUCGCACAAGCCACGCCGGCCAGAAUGAUGCGCCGAUCACACUCACGCCUCGCCGACGCGGUCGCUGCCGCCGCCGUCCUUGCGACAUGGAUGGCGGCACCCGCUGCCGCCCACCCGUAUCCAUUGGACAAUCUGAAGGAUGCGGCCGGCAAUGGUUUCGUCAGGCCGCGCGACUGCGUGCCAUGUGGCAUGGACAACCAGUACUGUUGUCGCGGCGGCGAGCAGUGCUACACCUCCAACAACAUUGCUGGCUGCACUGCCAACGGUGGCGGCGGCUACGCCAUCUUCACCACCACCUGGACCCAGACCCAGACCUUCACCAGCACAGGCAGCACCUUCUUCCCUGCCGCCACCACCAAGGGCCCAGGAAACUGCAUUCCUCCACCCGGCUCCGGCUGGGAGUCAUGCGGUUCCAUCUGCUGCGCCGCCAACCAGAGGUGCGACAGGGACAAGAUGGUUUGUCUUCCCAAGGACGGGAGCUGGGGUGGUGGUGGCGGCGGCGGCGGCGGCGGCGGCGGAGCCUGGACGACAUACACUAGCGGUGGUCAGGUCGUCACGACCCAGUACAGCGCGCCCUACCGUGUCACCAGCGGCGUCCCGACGGGGACUGGCACUCAAAUUCCCGCCACAGGCACCCCGGCGGAGCAGGAUGGCGCGGCCGGCACAGGUGGUGGGCUCUCGGCGGGCGCUAUUGCUGGCAUCGUUAUUGGCGCUAUUGUCGGCCUGAUUCUCCUAAUUCUGCUUUGUGCCUGCUGCAUCAUGCGCGGUCUCUGGCACGGCGUCAUGGGCCUGCUCGGCUUCGGCAAAAAAGACUCUUCAACUCGCGAGAAGGUGACGGUUGAGGAGGAGCGCUACGUCCACCGCAGCUCGAGCCGCAGACCCUCUUCGGUGCACUCGCGCCGCGACACUCACUCGAGCUGGUUCGGCGGCCGCCCCUCGGCCGCAGGCGCUCGCAAGGAGAAGAAGAGCAGCGGUACGGGCUGGCUCGGGCUUGCGGGUGCUGCCGGCACCAUUCUUCUGCUCCUCGGCCUGAGGCGCGAGAACAAGGCCAAGAAACAGCAGCAGAAGAGGCCGAGGAGCGAAGUCAGCAACUCUUAUUUCACCGACUCGUACACCAGUGGAAGUCCCAGUAGUGCAAGGACUGGCAGGACGAGGGACAGUCGGAGAACCCGUCGGACCGAGACGACCAGGGUGUCCCAGUCACGCCAUUCGGUAGGGCCGUCGCGCAGACCCUCUGUGGCUCCCUCGCGUAGGCACUCUCGCGCUCCAUCGCGAGACCCUUCGCACGGCACGAGGCGAUCAUAGCAUCGUUGACGAACCAUCGCCAUUGCCAUCGCCGGAUGGCGCCCUCCGCACAACUCGUCGCCCGACCUGUAUAUUUCACAGCUGCAACUUUCCCCUUUUCUCGUCCUUUUCGAAUCUCUUUCGCGGCAAGGUUUAACGACCAGACCCGGUACAUACCAAGUCCCGUUCCAUUCUCGACUCACCCCUUCGAUAUCGCCACCACCACCAACACCACAACCCCCAUCGUCAUUUUACCCUCGGAGGCAUUUUCGUGUUUAUCGCCGGAGUUGGUUCCAAGAGCUCAUUUUCACCGGGUUUGAUCUGAGCAACUCCCCCUUUCCGUUUUCUAAUUUUUUUCCCUUCCACCAUUUUUUUCUCGGCCAGGGACGCUUAGACGAGGGAGUGUAAGGAGAGGCCCCCGUCAGGUCUCUCAACGUUUUCAAGAGCAUGUCAUGAGUUGAUUCACGAGGCAAAUGUCGACACAUGAGACGAGCGGAGGAAAAGCAAUGUGGGUGCCCAAUUACUGGCAAUGCACGUCCAAGAUAAUAAAAAAGACGAAUAACUGAAAAUGAAAUAAAAUUGAGUCGUCUACAUCCUGAGCCUCGAGAAUCAUGUUACAAUCCUAAGGUGAGGC